UGCUAAUGUCGGUUCACUCUCUCAAAUCCACCCGACUCAGUUUAAGACGUGGAAGCGGUUUAUUAACUUGUACCAUAUUUACGCUGCUAUUUAUUUCAUUAUGAAUAGGGAGAGACUGUAUAAACUAAUUUAACGUUCCCCUGGACACCCGGCUGGACAUUAUGGGAUUAAAUAACAUGGACGCGUCUGAAACCUGACCCAACACAACUCACCGCCUGCUAGCUGCUAACUCACAGAGCUAGAUUAUAAUGUAAUAGGACUACCUCACAUUUACCCCCUGCAGCUAGAGCCGCAAGAGACCGGAAGUGCAUCCCUACAGAAUAAACAUGGGCAUCAAAGUAGCUGUGAGCUGCACUGUGUUGUACACCCUACUGGACGUGAUUGUCACCACUGUCCUGUACACACAUGGUUCGCACUUGAAUAUAUUCACAAAGGAUGCCCUGCACUUUAACAUCCUCCAGUCAGCGUUGGACCUCUGGGUGACUGUGCUGCUUAGAGCCUCCCUCCUGCUGGGAGCCUCCAUAGGGGUGUCAUGGAAUAGACAAGAUGGCCCACAAAGGGCAGCUAAACUCUCCUCGCUCAUUGUCUUCAUCUGUCUGAUCGUCAUCACCUACGCCCUGGUCAAGAUGCUGAUGCUAACCGAGCUGAAGCCUCUGACCCAACAGCCCUGGUUCCUGAGCCUGAUAUGCUGGACUUGUGCCUCUUCUCUGGGUGUCAUUCUGCUCUGGAGGAUGCUUGGGAAGGAGUCCAACUCGGCAAGCACGAGCUGCACAAGUGGAGGAGAAGGGGGCUCUGAGGAUGCUGAGAAGCUGGUGGGGACAGCUGGUGAGGAGGAGCAGGGGGUGGGGUGUGAGAGGAAGAAGAAGGAUGAGGAAAGCCAGGAGAAGAAGAUGACCAGCUCUGGGGCUACACUGGGACGUCUGCUGACCUACUGCAAAAAGGACGGUGGGCUGCUGUCCGUAGCCUUCCUCUUCCUCCUCAUCUCUGCUGUGUGUGAGGCCUUCAUACCGUACUACUACGGAAAAGCAAUAGACAGCAUUGUGGUUCACAAGAGCAUGGAGCACUUUGCUAAGCCUGUGAUCAUACUGUCAGUGCUGGCCUUAGCUAGCUCACUUGCAAUGGGAGUACGUGGAGGAGUCUUCACCCUGACGUUUGCAAAAUUAAACCUUCGGCUCAGGAACCAUCUCUUCAGAACUCUGAUGAGGCAGGAAAUUGGCUUUUUUGAUGAAAACCAUACAGGUGACAUCAUUUCACGUCUGUCUGCAGACACCACUCAGGUGAGUGACCUCAUCUCCCAGAAUGUCAACAUCUUCCUGCGGAGCAUGGUCAAGGGCAUCGGCUUCUUCAUCUUUAUGUUUGGGAUGUCCUGGAAGCUCACACUGGUGGCCAUCAUGGGAUUCCCUUUCAUUGCCCUUGUCUCCAGACUCUAUGGGGAUUACUACAAGAAAUUGACCAAAGAGGUGCAAACAACCCUCGCAGAGGCCAAUAAAGUUGCAGAGGAAACCAUUUCAGCCAUGAGGACAGUACGGAGCUUUGCCAACGAGUGCGGGGAGGCCAACUCCUACCACAGCAAGCUUUUGGUCAUGUUCCAGCUCAACAAAAAACAAGCCCUGGCCUACGCUUGCUACAUGUGGUCCAGUUGUAUUUCAGAACUCGCUUUAGAGGUGGCUAUCCUCUUCUAUGGCGGCCACCUUGUACUAACCGGUCAGAUGAGCAGUGCUGCCUUGAUCUCUUUUUUCAUUUACUUGCUGGAACUGGGAGAAUGUCUGGAGAGUAUUGCAUCAGUGUACACGGGCCUCAUGCAGGGGGUUGGUGCUGCCGAGAAGGUUUUUGAGUACCUGGACAGAGAAACCAAACACCCAGCUGACGGCACAGAGGCUCCAGACACAUGCACCGGUUUGGUUGAAUUUAAAGACAUCACGUUUGCCUACCCAACACGCCCUGAGACUGAUAUUCUCAAGGGAGUGUCAUUCACUUUGCGUCCUGGAGAGGUAACUGCCCUUGUGGGACCUUCAGGCAGUGGGAAGAGCUCCUGUGUGAGUCUGCUGGAAAACUUCUACCUUCCUCAACAAGGCCAAGUGCUGCUGGAUGGAAAGCCCAUUCGCACCUUCCAGCACGACUACCUCCACUCCAAGGUGGCUCUUGUGGGCCAAGAGCCUGUGCUGUUUGCUCGGACAGUCGGUGAGAACAUCACCUAUGGCCUGACUGACGUCCCCAUGGAGGCUGUGGUGCAGGCUGCCACCAAGGCUAAUGCUCAUGAUUUUAUCACCGCCCUCCCUUCAGGCUAUGAGACAAGUGUUGGCGAGAAAGGCACCCAGUUGUCAGGGGGGCAGAAACAAAGGGUGGCCAUUGCAAGAGCUCUCAUCCGCAACCCUCGUGUUCUUAUCCUGGACGAGGCGACCAGCGCCCUGGAUGCAGAGAGUGAACACAUGGUUCAGACGGCUCUGAACAACAUCAUGCAGGAGCACACAGUGUUGGUAAUCGCCCAUCGGCUCAGCACAGUGGAAAAGGCAGACAACAUCAUCGUGAUCGACAGGGGGCGUGUGGCGGAACAGGGGUCUCACAGUCAGCUGAUGGCCAGUGGGGGGCUAUAUCAUGAGCUGGUGCAGAGGCAGGUCCUAGGCAUUGAGACAGGGGCGGAGGUCCUCAACCCAUCUGAAAAACUCAGCUGGAAGUCUGAUGGUGGAGGGAAGAAGAGAAGAAAGAGCAGCAGUUGCAGCACCAGUGAUUCUGAGCAUAAUGUACGCUACUGAUAUGAGAAUGACCUGCAGUGUGUGGAAAUGGGAUUGGACUGCUGGAUGGGUGAUGGCACGUUUUGUAUAUUCUAAGAUUCAAACCAUAUGUACUAUAGAAGCUAUUUUAUUCAGAUAUUCAGUAGUGUUUAGUUUAACUAUUUCCAUGCAAAGAGUAGAAGAGGUCUUCAAACUGAAUUUAGACCACAGGACACUUCAAACACUGAACUGAAAUCCAGGAUCUUAAUAUAACUUAAAGGGCUAGUUCAGAUUUUUUGAAGGUGGGUUGAAUGAGGUACUUAUCCAGAGUCAGUAUUACCUACGGUAGAUGUCAGUCGGCACGCCUCCCAGUUUUGUCAAGUGGCAGGAUUGCUGAAACGGAAGCUAAGCAAAGUGCUGCUGUGGACGGGGUCAGCAGCAAAACAUAUUGUAGUCACCUAAAAAAAAGUCCCAUCUAAAAACAAUCUACAGCAAAAUAAAUGUACGCUAUAUUGAGCGUAUUUUCAUUGCUUUACCUUUCUGUCCGACCACCCAUUCCAACAGGGAAGUCAUUAACAGCUUCAGUCCAAUCUGUGCUCUCUUAAAAGCCACCAGACUCCAUUGACAAAAACAAAAAUUUGAGUUCACUGAACACAGGAGCUGCUGGUCUUCUGCUGUCUCCAUCAGUUUGUUAGUUUGUGUCAUUGUGUGACUUUGGUGAAUCAGAGUUCACCACUUCAAAG